CUGCAUCGGUGCUAGUCAGCUCCUGCUCUGCGCACGACACAACUGGCGACUGUUCUCUGACUUCAAGCCUUUAACCACGUGCAUGUCAACCUCUUGAAAAGGGAUGGACUUUUUUACUUUUUUAUUGUGCCUUCACUCUAAGGCAAACCUUUCUGUGUGCCAGGGUGUAAAUACAGGUUGGAAUUGUGAACUUUAACAGGAUAUUUUUACCUUUGAACUAACAAAAUAGACCAAACUAUUGCCACUGGAACAAAGACUACUGCGUCAAGAUACCCAGUUUUGGACAAGGACAGGUCUAAGGAGUACAAUGAACAUUCAGUCUGCCAUCAACAAAGAGGUCUUCAUUCCACGUGAUGAGAGGCUGCUGGUGGCAGUGGAGGUACAGAGGAGGAAAAGGAAGAGAAUGUCCUUCCUGCCAACUCCAACCAAAGAUUACAACACAUUUAUCUGUGUGUCAGUGACCAACACAGCACCAUAUCAGCUCCUCAUUACAAAGGUGAAGAAAUUUGGUGGGUCCUCCGCCUUUACCAGAAGAUCGCAGUGGAUUGUGGAGCAACUCCGGCAAGUCAACGGCAUCAAUUCCAACAAGGACAGCCCAGAGUUUGACCUGGUCUUUGACAGUGGUGUGGAUCAGUGGGUGGCCGCCUCAUCAGCAGAGAAGUGCAUUUUUAUCCAAGUCCUUUACCACGCAUGCCAGACAUAUUGGAAGGGUAAAGCAGGGAGUCUGGGGAAAGCUGGGAUAUUGGGGAAACUGAGCAAGCUGGGUGAGAAGCGACAAGUGAGUGGGGCUGCCCACAUGGAGGGCGGACCUGGUCCCAGUGUCUCCUCAGCUGUUUCCCCACGCAGAACCUUGCAGGCCAGAAGAAAAAGCUACAUUCCUCCAAAACAGGCCGAUUUCAUCAACUGCCAGUCCAAACUCACAGGAGAUGCCCGCGCCAUGAAUCUUGUCAUCUACCGCUGCAAAGCAUUCUUGAAUCGAAUGAAAAAUGUGAUGGUUACAAACCAACAUCGAUCGCCCGGUCAAGGAACUGGUCAGCCAUGGCAGCGUGUCACAGGGAGCACCAAGGAAAAUGUAGUCCACAGGUUAAAUGUGGCUCUGGGAGAACGUGGAAACAAACUGACUCGUGCAGAGGACAAGACUGCAGAGCUGCUGCACAAAGCUCAGCAUAUUGCAGACACUGCUCACAAGCUGUCCUGGAAGUAUUCAAAGUAGGGCCUGGUGGAGAUUUAAAAGGAAUUCAUCAGAAUGUUGAAGAUGGAACAUCUACAAGGACACUAACACUGUCUGAUAUAGUCUGACCCAGCAGUGGCAACUAACGUCUUUGGAAUCCUAAUCUUCGCUUUGUUGUUGGAAACACCUCUGCUUGGAUCUGAGGGACUCCUUUCUCAUUAACUUCCUGUUGAAUCAGAACAUGUCUGUAUCAGAAAAUACAAUAAUAUUAAUAUAAGCAAUUUCAUCUCUUUUUUUAGUUUUGUUCUGAAGCCACUGUAGACCCUACUAUAGCUUUCUUCCUACAGUAUGUGACUUAUCACCUGGUAGUAUUCCAUAUUGUGACUGCUAGUCUUGGCAAUGUAUUUGAACAUGGUUUUAACAUAAUAGCGCUAUGUCUUUUAUUUAAUCUACUCUGUAUUUUA